AUGAAUAUGUUGGAGGAUGAAGAUGACCAAAGCUUUCACGCUACGUGUGACGGCUACUCCCAUUUGAGUGAUGUCGAAUGGGAUGCGGUUGAACGAAUGGGUUCAACCAUGGGCAUCCAUGCUGUUAGCGUCAUGCUAGAGUCUCUCAAUAGAGAUGCCCAACAUGCUACUAUCGCCAAGUUCAUUCAAAAUGAACUUGACGCAGAACGCGAGAAAGUAGCCUUGCUUCACCAACAAGGUUCUCAACAAGCAGAGUUGUUGAGAGGACAGGGUGCUCAACAGUUUGGUCUGUUGAGACAGCAGCAGCAGGCUGCUGCUGGUGGGUCGAUGCACUCGCGUCGACCCGAAACCUUGAAGAUUGACAUCUCCAAGUAUAGGGGGGUCGAAGAGGACUCCCUCAUGAGAUGGUUUGUCGAAUUGGAUGACGCCAUAAGGGCGCGUCGCAUCGACGACGGGGAAAUGCUAGUUGCAUUUGCCCAGUCAAAUCUGGCAAGACGUGCCAAGACUUGGGCACUGGGGCUCAAGUUGCACGACCCAUAUGCGUUUGGGUCGUUGGAAGUCUUCAAGUCGCGGCUCAGACAAACGUUUGAACCGCCUAGAGCUGAGUUCAGGGCUCGAACCGAACUCUUGAAGCUCAAGCAGGGUAAGCGUGAUGUGCACGCUUACGCUCAACAUAUACGACAUCUCACGAGUUGUAUAAGUUCCAAUCCGGUGGAUGAACACACGUUGGUUUCGGUGUUCAUGCAGGGUCUUGAGGACGGUCCCGUCAAGACUCACCUGUUCCGGCUUGAACUAGAUUCACUAGAACAAGCCAUUUCCAUUGCGGAGCAGGAAGACUUCAGUCUGAGACAGGCUCGCGCCAGCUCGACAUCAUAUCGUCAACCGAGACGAUAUGACAACGGAGGUCCAUAG